CAUUUUCCCUCCAGUUUUUCUCCUACACUGGUUAUUUAAGGUGUGAUUUCCUCUCUGUUCAAGAUGCAUUUUUAUGGAGCUCUGAUCCUCUUCAUGACACUGUCUGCAGCCUAUGGGUUGAAAUGCCACACAUGUGUUGGAGGUAUCGGCUGCUCAGCGGUGAUGACUUGUCCUUCCGGAUUGAACCGUUGUUUCAGCGUCGAGGUCUUGGGUUUGACCAAGAGUUGCAUGACCAGCGAGGCAUGUGUUGAACCCAUUAAGUGCUGUUCCCAAGACCUGUGUAACAGCGCCAUGCCCGCCGGCAGCAGUCCGCUCCUCCUGCUGCUCUCCUCGGCCAGCAUCACUGUCUUUCUCUGAGGCUCCGGAGGCGCAGCUACAGCUUAACAAAAUGUGUCUUCUUUUUUUGGAACCCUAGAAGAAUAAAUACAUUUCCGGACGUAUAAAAGCUGUAAAUGAAUAAUAAUAAUAAUAAUAAUAAUAGUAAUAAUAGAUUACAU